AUGAUUCCUAAUUUCUUUGGUGGGGUCAGAAAUUCUCCGCGGCUUCUCGAUCCUUCUAGAUAUCGACUGGCUCAGAUAAAACUCCCCCUGUUUGCUCAUGUAGCACAACUGUGCAAUCAUCGUCAACCAAACCUCUCCCUCUCUCUAACUAAAACUCCUCUGUCUCUCUCUAAAACUCCUCUCUCUAGCCUUGAUCAGGGUGUUGUAGUUAUUAUUGUUGAGUUUUGUUUGGCUGUUCGACAAUCGAGAAUGACUCGGGGUAACCAAAGAGAGCGAGAUCGCGAAAGGGCUCAAGCCAGGGCUGGUACCAAAUCCAAGAACCCAAAAGAGGAUGGAUUAACCCCUGAACAAAGAAGAGAGAGGGAUGCCAGAGCCCUUCAAGAGAAGGCAGCUCGGAAAUCAGCUCAGGCAGCAUCCGGAGGGAAUAGUAGUGGGGAUAACAGAAGUAAGAAAAAGUAACUAGGGUUUUCUGUUCAGAUAUGGUGAUGAAUGUUGUGCGUGUGUUAUAUGAGAUGUGGGUUUGGAAAUUGCGUCUCAUUUGGGUAUGAAGAUAAGAAUUCAAGUUCACUUGGUGUUGGCUUCUGAACCCUUGUGUCAUUUGUAUCUGAAUUCGCAAUUCAAUUUCCUGAUAUAUUAAUCAUUAAUGGAUCUGUGUCAUUUGUUUCUCA